AAAGUCACUGUUCCUAGUCACUGUUGCAGUCAACAGAAGAAAACUCACUGUUCUCCACAUCCUUGAAAGGUGUGAGUCUCGCUUAAUUUACCAGUGUCUAUCAUGGGAUCAUCUCUUCCAAAACCAGAAUUUCAAUCUCACAUACAUGACAAGCAGGUGAAAAGAGGAGAGGACAUUGUUUUCCGAUGUGAGGCCAACACAGACCGAUUGGAAGCCACAUGGGAGAAGGAUGGAGAAAGACUGUAUGAGGGUGACCGUGUCAGCAUUAGCCAGAAUGGAAAAGACUUAAGUCUCAAGAUAAGCAAAGUCAAGGAAGAAGAUGAAGGGAAAUACACAGUAAACCUAAGGAACCAUACAGACACUGCCUCUGAUUCUGCUUCAGUCGUUGUGCUCGAAUAUGACCAAGAUUGGAGGACUAUUGAUUGGGGAAAUAAUCAUUCAAUAAAGAAAAGCCUGCAAGAGUAUAAACCCAGUGGCCAAGGACCCAAACAUCUGCGCAUCCUGCUGCAUGGGCCUGUGGGAGUUGGGAAGUCCAGCAUCAUUAACUCCAUCAACAGCAUCUUCCAGGGUCAAGUCAAAGUGGGGGCGCUAUCUUGUGCUUUAGCGAGCACCAGUUUCACUAAAGUUUUCAAAACCUGGAAAAUCAUAGACAAGGAGACGGGGCUUCUGCCAUUUGUCUUCAGUGACAUCAUGGGUCUUGAGAAGGAAGACUAUAAAGGGGUACACACCGAUGAUGUCAUCAGUAUCUUGAAGGGACACAUUAAAGAUGAUUACAAGUUUAAUUCAUCCCCACUGUCCAAAGAAAACACAAACUACAACAGUAGCCCUACUCUGGAUGAUAAGGUUCACUGUUUGGUCAGUGUUCUCUCAGCAAACAGCAUCCAUCUGCUGGAAGAAGACCAUAAAUUGAUAAAGAAGAUGCGAGAUGUCAGAGAGCAUGCCAGUGACUUAGGCAUCCCACAAGUGGUCCUCAUGACACAUGUGGAUGCAUGUCUGCUUGUGAAAAACAGCUUGAAGAACAUCUACUCAAGCAAGUACAUCAAGAAGAAAAUGCAAGACUGCAGUAACAAGUUGGGUGUUCCCAUGAACUGCAUCUUUCCAGUGAAGAACUACAGUGAGGAGAUACAGCUAGAUGAAACUGUGAAUUGUCUGAUUCUGAAUGCUCUUAAGCGUAUUGUUGAUUUUGCAGAUGACCAUGUGAGCAACUUGUAAUAGUACAAUGAGUAAGUUAUACAUGAGUAUGCCAAUUCAUGUCAUUCAACUGUCACGCUAAUUUUGUGGAAGGGGUCCACAAUUUUGUAGGAGUUACACCGCGCUCACGGUAAAGAAGGUGCCAGACAAACAAAAACUGAGAAUCUUCAAAAUAGUGCCCACUUCAGUCCUUUAUGCAAGUUUUAAUAGCCAGCCCAUAGUGAUGCGCGGUUCAGCCCAUUACCCGCGGGUCGGGCGGAUUUGGGUAGGCCUAGUAGUUUUUUCUAAACAUUGCGGGUGGGUCGGGUCAAAAAAGUAAAAAUGCAUAUUUCUCACUUGGGAACUUAUGACAUUAGGUGCAACGAAUUAGGCUAACAUUUUGCAUUACAGACUUUCUAAAUCGCAUGUACAACGCAGGAGGUGUGGUCGAGUGCAAAACACAAUUUCUCCUAAAUUCAGCAUCCAAUUGUGCCAUGUGUGACUGACUGAAAAAAGUCAAUCGCGCAUAUGCUAUUUUAUGGACAAUGAUCUGGGAUAUGGAAGGUUGUGCACAAUGCGAGAACACCUUGCUUCUGUCAUAUGCACGAAUAAACAGCUGUGCUCAUGCAAAAUGUGUUUAUGCUUGGCAGUGUUUCACGCAAAAGUAGCCUAUGAAGUUGCAAGGGGAAAUAUUAAUGGAAAAUUGUUAUGUCCAUGAAGAUGAUUUAACACUAGCUAUGUCUAGGCUGCAGAUUCCAAUUAUGAAUGAUGUGGACGAGCACAGAUUGUAAAAAUGACCUAUCAUUUUAACCACUGCUGUCCUCACGUGGGAGAAUUAGACUAAUUAGGCUACGAAAGACGUUAGGUGCGUUUUUUUCUUUCCUCGGGUCGGGUCGGAUUUGGGUCACGAUUCGAAAAUAUUUUUGCGGGUUGGGCGGGGCGGUUUAGCUCUCCUGAAGAGUCGGGUUGGUGCGGGUUUUAAAAAAAGCCCACCCGCGCAACACUACCAGCCCAGCUUUCGGUCUAACGACCAUCCUCGACCAUCUUCUGUGGAAGGUGUCCGCAACCAAUACCCGUAAUUUCCCGACUAUAAGCCGUGGCUUAUACAUUGAUUUUGCAAAAAAUUUUCCGAUAUGAGGUUAAUACAGGGGGGCAGUUAAUAUGGUGUUAAGGUUAUGUAUGGUUUUGUUUCUUUUAACUUGCACAAAACACUGCCCUGCGGCUUAUCAAUGCGGCUUAUGUGCGGGAAAGCACUGGCACUUUUGCACAAGCAAGGCAUCUUAUUUAGCGUUUAGUUGAAAAAAACUAUGAUUCUCCUAUAUGAUUUUCUCCUGGCUAAUGCUGAGCUCUGAUUUGAACUGCAGAGAAUAUUUCAACAAUAUUUCAACUCAGUUCUGUUGGUUUAAAAUAAUUGAAGUUUCUGUAUUGUAUUUUGCUGUAUCUGAGUGUAUCGCUCUGACAUUACUCUACAUGCUCAUGUGAAUUUUGUUUGUCUUACUUUCCUUCUCACUUCUGUUCACAGACAGACAGACAGACAGAGACACACACACACACACACACACACACACACACACACACACACACACGUACACUCAGUACAUUUACAUGCACAGUUAAGUCGAGCUACAGUUGAAGCACAGCUAGGGGAUUUGACCGGACCACUGUCCUUGCCAUGUAUACAUGUCUGAAGAAAAUCACUUUAUUGACAGAUCAGAAGUAUGAAUGUCUUAAGCCCGGCGCCCACCGGACACGAUCCUUGAUGCUCGGUCCUCCAGGCUCGUUCCCACUGAUCUAUAACUAACACUGGAUAGAUUAUCCCAUUGUUGCCGCCCCAUCAUUCUUUAUGUAGAUCAGUGAGGACGAGGAUGUA